AUGAGAACUUUCGUGGCGUUUGCUUUUGCAGCCUUGACUUCAAAGUCUCUUAGGAUACGUGUUCAUCAAAGUGAGUCUCCUCAGGCAGCCUUGACUUCAAAGUCUCUUAGGAUACGUGUUCAUCAAAGUGAGUCUCCUCAGUUUUUUUGUGUUGCAGUGCUGGCCAGUUUUCGAGGAGCGGUGCAGCAUGGCUUGCCUCUGGAGAUCGGUGACACGGUGCAGAUCCUGGAGAAAUGUGAAGGUUGGUACAGAGGAUUCGUCCUCAAGAACACGAAUGCCAAGGGCAUUUUCCCAUGCAGCUACAUCCAUCUGAAGAAUGCUCAUAUCAAGAAUAAAGGGCAGUUUGAGACGGUAGUGCCGACCGAAGACUCUGUCAUUACGGAGAUGACGUCCACCCUGAGGGACUGGGGCGCCAUGUGGAAGCAGCUCUUUGUGGUAAAUACCGUUUACACAAACACAGCAGUCCGCCCACAGCCAGACGCUGACUUCGUGAACUCGGAAUAUAUUAUUUGUGUUUAA